AUGCUGAAGGUACUGCUAGAGAUACUACUAAAGAUUCCUACUGAAGAUACUGAAGAUACUGAAGAUACUGAAGAUACUGAAGAUACUGAAGAUACUGAAGAUACUGAAGAUACUGAAGAUACUGAAGAUACUGAAGAUACUGAAGAUACUGAAGAUACUGAAGAUACUGAAGAUACUGAAGAUACUGAAGAUACUGAAGAUACUGAAGAUACUGAAGAUACUGAAGAUACUGAAGAUACUGAAGAUACUGAAGAUACUGAAGAUACUGAAGAUACUGAAGAUACUGAAGAUACUGAAGAUACUGAAGAUACUGAAGAUACUGAAGAUACUGAAGAUACUGAAGAUACUGAAGAUACUGAAGAUACUGAAGAUACUGAAGAUACUGAAGAUACUGAAGAUACUGAAGAUACUGAAGAUACUGAAGAUACUGAAGAUACUGAAGAUACUGAAGAUACUGAAGAUACUGAAGAUACUGAAGAUACUGAAGAUACUGAAGAUACUGAAGAUACUGAAGAUACUGAAGAUACUGAAGAUACUGAAGAUACUGAAGAUACUGAAGAUACUGAAGAUACUGAAGAUACUGAAGAUACUGAAGAUACUGAAGAUACUGAAGAUACUGAAGAUACUGAAGAUACUGAAGAUACUGAAGAUACUGAAGAUACUGAAGAUACUGAAGAUACUGAAGAUACUGAAGAUACUGAAGAUACUGAAGAUACUGAAGAUACUGAAGAUACUGAAGAUACUGAAGAUACUGAAGAUACUGAAGAUACUGAAGAUACUGAAGAUACUGAAGAUACUGAAGAUACUGAAGAUACUGAAGAUACUGAAGAUACUGAAGAUACUGAAGAUACUGAAGAUACUGAAGAUACUGAAGAUACUGAAGAUACUGAAGAUACUGAAGAUACUGAAGAUACUGAAGAUACUGAAGAUACUGAAGAUACUGAAGAUACUGAAGAUACUGAAGAUACUGAAGAUACUGAAGAUACUGAAGAUACUGAAGAUACUGAAGAUACUGAAGAUACUGAAGAUACUGAAGAUACUGAAGAUACUGAAGAUACUGAAGAUACUGAAGAUACUGAAGAUACUGAAGAUACUGAAGAUACUGAAGAUACUGAAGAUACUGAAGAUACUGAAGAUACUGAAGAUACUGAAGAUACUAAAGAUACUAAAGAUACUAAAGAUACUGAAGAUACUGAAGAUACUGAAGAUACUGAAGAUACUGAAGAUACUGAAGAUACUGAAGAUACUGAAGAUACUGAAGAUACUGAAGAUACUGAAGAUACUGAAGAUACUGAAGAUACUGAAGAUACUGAAGAUACUGAAGAUACUGAAGAUACUGAAGAUACUGAAGAUACUGAAGAUACUGAAGAUACUGAAGAUACUGAAGAUACUGAAGAUACUGAAGAUACUGAAGAUACUGAAGAUACUGAAGAUACUGAAGAUACUGAAGAUACUGAAGAUACUGAAGAUACUGAAGAUACUGAAGAUACUGAAGAUACUGAAGAUACUGAAGAUACUGAAGAUACUGAAGAUACUGAAGAUACUGAAGAUACUGAAGAUACUGAAGAUACUGAAGAUACUGAAGAUACUGAAGAUACUGAAGAUACUGAAGAUACUGAAGAUACUGAAGAUACUGAAGAUACUGAAGAUACUGAAGAUACUGAAGAUACUGAAGAUACUGAAGAUACUGAAGAUACUGAAGAUACUGAAGAUACUGAAGAUACUGAAGAUACUGAAGAUACUGAAGAUACUGAAGAUACUGAAGAUACUGAAGAUACUGAAGAUACUGAAGAUACUGAAGAUACUGAAGAUACUGAAGAUACUAAAGAUACUAAAGAUACUGAAGAUACUGAAGAUACUGAAGAUACUGAAGAUACUGAAGAUACUGAAGAUACUGAAGAUACUGAAGAUACUGAAGAUACUGAAUAUACUGAAGAUACUGAAGAUACUGAAGAUACUGAAGAUACUGAAGAUACUGAAGAUACUGAAGAUACUGAAGAUACUGAAGAUACUGAAGAUACUGAAGAUACUGAAGAUACUGAAGAUACUGAAGAUACUGAAGAUACUGAAGAUACUGAAGAUACUGAAGAUACUGAAGGUACUAGAGAAACUACUAAAAAUAAUAAAGUUACUUCUGAGUCACAAAAGUCUUCGCAACAGAAGGGCAUAUAA